AUGGCCGAAGAAAGAGUGAAAAUGCGGAAGCAAUUGGGAUUGUUGGAAGGAGUUGCAAUUAUUUUAGGAAUCAUAUUCGGAAGUGGUAUAUUUAUUUCGCCUAAGGAGGUGUUGUUGAAAACUGGGUCUGUUUGGGGUGCUUUAACAGUAUGGGGUGCGUGUGGUGUUCUAGCAACUCUUGGUGCCAUGUCCUAUGCUGAAUUAGGGACUGCCUUAGCACAGAGUGGAGGCGACUACCACUACAUAAAUGAGGCUUUUGGACCAUUACCAGCCUUUUUGUAUCUGUGGGAUGCCAACUUAGUAUUUGUACCCAGUACAAACGCUAUAAUGUCUGUAACUUUUGCAAACAACCUUCUUGAACCAAUAUUUCCUAAUUGCCCGAUAGAUCCACUUUGUCAGAAAUUAAUUGCAGCUGUAACUAUUUGUUUUCUUACAUUCAUAAACACCUAUGACGUGAAAUUUACUACACGUAUUCAGAAUGUCUUCAUGUUUACAAAAAUAUCUGCACUUGUAAUCAUUAUACUUGGUGGAAUAGUGUGGAUGUGUCAAGGUGGUGUAGAGCACUUUGAGGAUGGUUGGGCUGGCACGAAAACCUCUGUUAGCGAUUGGUCGGUGGCGUUCUAUUCCGGAAUAUUCUCAUACUCGGGAUGGAAUUACCUAAAUUUCAUGACUGAAGAACUUCGAGACCCUUUUGUGAAUUUACCUCGAGCUAUCUAUAUUUCACUACCAUUGGUUACCGGGAUAUACCUAUUGGCUAAUAUAUCUUAUCUUGCUGUUUUGGGGCCAGUUGGUGUUAGGGCCACUGAAGCUAUUGCUGUUGAUUUUGCAGUGGUAGCUCUGGGGUGGCUGAAAUGGGCGAUGCCAACGCUCGUUGCUAUUGCUAUACUGGGCGGGUUGUCUGUGCACAUAAUGACAUCAUCACGGAUGUGUUUUGCGGGCGCCAGAAACGGGCAUAUGCCGGAGCUUUUGGCCCACAUCAACGUUAAAUGCAUGUCGCCUCUGCCGUCACUUGUCUUCCUUAUGCUGAUAUCCCUGGUAAUGCUGAUACCCAGUAAUCUGACUUCGCUGAUAACAUACUGUACCGUUGUGGAAUCGUUCUUCACGCUUCUCAGUUGCAGCGCUGUCCUCUGGCUGAGGUACAAGAAGCCACAUCUAGUUAGACCUAUCAAGGUCUCGCUAUGGAUGCCAGUGGUGUUCGUGACUGUACUCCUGAUCCUCAUGAUCGUACCCAUAGUCAGUGAACCAGUGGCAGUUAUAGCCGGUGCACUAAUAACUUUGGCCGGAGUUCCCGUCUACUUCCUCUUGGUUCGUGAACAGCCGAAAUAUCUAAGCGAUAUAUCCACUAAAUUCACGCACGGAUGUCAAAAGCUAUUCCUAUCAGCGGUUGAAGACAAGGACGAAUAA